ACCUGAGCGAAACGCGCAACAGAAAGCCCACGUUGGCCGCUGCGGGAGAGCAGCUCCGAGAGGCGGGAGACUGUGAAUUCCGGCGCCGACGCCGUGGCCAGUGCUCUGAGUACUGGCCCCCUUCCCUCCCCUUCUCCUCUGCGAGCGGGGUUCGCGGGCAGCCGGGCGAGCACUGAACGGAAAGCAAGAUCUUUGCUGCCUCCUCUCGGGGAGGGUAGCGGCGCGGGGAGGUUUUGAGGGGAAGCGUCAGUGCCCCAGGGCGGAGGGGCGCGGAGUUUGUGAGCGAGAAGGAAGUUAAGCCCCGCGGAGAAGAUUGGCAUCUCGGGACGCCUUGUCGCUACAGCCGGGGCCCUACGGCCGGGUAAACUUCGCGGCGGCCGUGCGAGCCAAGGAGAGGCGUGUGCGGGGAUGAUGCUGGGCAUCCCCCCCAGCUGGUGAGCGGCCCUGCUCCCCAGCAGCCCCGAGGCCCACUCAGCCGUCCGGGAGGGCGCGGGGCACCGCACGUGCACGGGCAGCGAGGCCCCAGAGUGACCGCGCCGUGACCCGCCCAGGGGCUAGGGCGCCGGCUGCAGCGCAGCGCAGACUCGGACGCACCUGGCCUGGACUUUGAGCCUCUAGAGACCUGGGCGGGAGUGUGGGGGCUCGCCCUCCUCUCCAAGUGGUUCCUGGGGUGAUCGCUCCUUUCGCCUCCCCUCCAGCCUGGGCAAUUGGGGGUGCCCCAGAGGACCAUGAGAGAUAAGGACUGAGGGCCAGGAAGGGGAAGCGAGCCCGUCGAGAGGUGGCGGGGGCUGCUCACGCCAAGGGCCACAGCGGCCGCGCUCCGGCCUCGCUCCGCCGCUCCACGCCUCGCGGGGCCCGCGGAGCCAGCCCGGGCGGGAGGCGAUGCCGGGGCUGGGGCGGAGGGCGCAGUGGUUGUGCUGGUGGUGGGGGCUGCUGUGCAGCUGCUGCGGGCCGCCGCCGCUGCGGCCCUCCCUGCCCGUCGCCGCCGCUGCCGCCGGCGGGGGGGCGCUGUUGGGGGACGACGGGAGCCCGGACCGCGCGGAGCAGCCGCCCCCACCGCCGCAGUCCUCCUCCUCGGGCUUCCUCUACCGGCGCCUCAAGACGCACGAGAAGCGGGAGAUGCAGAAAGAGAUCCUCUCCGUGCUGGGGCUCCCGCACCGGCCCCGGCCCCUGCACGGCUUCCAGCAGCCGCAGCCCCCUGCGCUCCCGCAGCAGCAGACACGCGGGGAGUCUCCUCCUGGGCGACUAAAGUCUGCACCCCUCUUUAUGCUGGACCUGUACAACGCCCUGUCCGCCGCCGACGACGAGGAUGGGGCGUCGGACGAGAAGAGGCGGCAGCCCGGACCUCGCGGAGGGGCCGGCUCGUCCCAGCCCCGGCAGCCGUCCCCGGGCGCCACGCACCCGGUCAACGGCAAAAGCCUCCUGGCCGCGGGACCUGGAGGCGGCGGCGUGUCCCCACUAACCAGCGCGCAGGACAGCGCCUUCCUCAGCGAUGCAGACAUGGUUAUGAGCUUUGUGAACCUGGUGGAGUACGACAAGGAGCUCGCCCCGCGCCAGCGGCACCACAAAGAGUUCAAGUUCAACUUAUCCCAGAUUCCUGAGGGUGAGGCGGUGACGGCUGCAGAAUUCCGCAUCUACAAGGACUGUGUUGUGGGGAGUUUUAAAAACCAAACUUUUCUUAUCAGCAUUUAUCAAGUCUUGCAGGAGCAUCAGCACAGAGACUCUGACCUGUUUCUGUUGGACACGCGCGUGGUGUGGGCCUCUGAGGAAGGCUGGCUGGAAUUUGACAUCACAGCCACCAGUAACUUGUGGGUCGUGACCCCCCAGCACAACAUGGGGCUGCAGCUCAGCGUGGUGACUCAAGACGGACUCAGCAUCAACCCCCGAGCCGCAGGCCUCGUGGGCAGAGACGGACCUUAUGACAAGCAGCCCUUCAUGGUGGCCUUCUUCAAAGUGAGCGAGGUCCACGUGCGCACCACAAGGUCAGCUAGCGGUCGGCGCCGACAGCAGAGUCGCAAUCGCUCCACCCAGUCUCAGGAUGUGUCUCGGGUCUCCAGUGCUUCAGAUUACAACAGCAGUGAAUUAAAAACAGCCUGCAGGAAGCAUGAGCUUUAUGUAAGCUUCCAAGACUUGGGAUGGCAGGACUGGAUCAUCGCACCCAAGGGUUAUGCUGCCAAUUACUGUGAUGGAGAAUGUUCCUUCCCGCUCAACGCACACAUGAAUGCCACAAACCACGCCAUUGUCCAGACUCUGGUUCACCUUAUGAAUCCUGAGUAUGUCCCCAAACCAUGCUGUGCCCCAACUAAGCUAAACGCCAUCUCCGUUCUGUACUUUGAUGACAACUCCAAUGUCAUCUUGAAAAAAUACAGGAAUAUGGUUGUAAGAGCUUGUGGAUGCCACUAACUCGAAACUAGUUGCUGGGGACACAAACUUGGAUUCCUAGAUUACAUCUGCCUUAAAAACACACAGAAGCCCAGUGAAGUGGGACGAUAAGACUUGAAACCAUCUCACGCUGGUUGGUGCCUUACUGCGCAAAGAAGAUUUUAAAGGACCUUGUUAGUAAUUUGCCCUCAUAGUAAAUAAGUAGUUGUUGGUCUGUAGGAAGCUGAAUUUGAAUGUCUGUAGGAUGAAGUCUGGUAACUGCAGAAACAUAAUUUUGAAGGGUUCCCAUACUCCCCCCAAUAUUCAUUUCAGCUUUAGAUUAAGGUAUUUGUGGUGUCAGUAAAUAGGGAAAAUAAUCUUAAAAUCAGGAAUCAGUUGGUUCUGAACAGUUUCUCAAAGGUAGAUUUUUACAGAUAACAGAAAUUGGGGGAAAAAUGCUUCUAUUCAUAGAUUUCAUGCCCAGGAAGGUCAGUUUCAUGUAGGGUCAUAACCAGGGUUCUGUGGAAGUGCCUUUUGUCUCAGUCAUUGCUGUUACAUGUUUGUGCUCAAGUUUUGCUUGGUGUGAAAAUACACUUAUUUCAGUCAAAACAUACCAUAUCAUUUCCACACUUCAGUCCUCCCGUUUGCUGUUUUCUUUGCUGGUCUCCAAAGCAGAGGAAUUGUACUUUGGGGUGAGGCCACAAAGGUGAGAAGCGUCUGUAAUCGUCCACAUUUAACCACGUGAUAUGAAAGUAGUUUUGCGUCUGUUUUGGAAAAGCUCUUUGAAAAGCACGUUAGCUUCAGAAACGUGGCUCUAGCAUCUUAUCUGUUUCCCUAAAACAGUUAGUUCUUUGCUCUUCCCUAUGCCGCACAUCCUGUUCGCAGGGCUAGAGCCAACAGAGAACAUCAGAGGAGGAGGGGGCACCCCGCCCUUGAGAACAGGUCCAGGUGGGCAUGGUGUUUAUGAACCCAAAUCAAUUUUCUCUUGUAGAAAGUAAGACUCAGAUUAAAUCUUAGAGUAUUUUUCAAAUGUCUUUCAC